GUACAGUGGGAUGCUAACAGUUUAGCUGUGUUUAUGUAGUCUUAUUUAGUAUUUAGUUUAUGUUUUUACAACCUAAUUUUUGAAGAAAAGGCUUCUGCUCUAACCCGCUACCAGAGUCAGGAUGGGAAAGCCAAAGAAAAAAAGUGAUCAUAGUCGAGCUGAAUUGAUGAUGAUGACGAUUGCAGAUGUUAUCAAACAGCUGGUCGAGGCUCACGAACAGGGCAAAGAUAUCAACCUUAACAAAUUGAAGACAAAGACAUCAGCAAAAUACGGCCUGUCAGCACAACCCCGUCUGGUUGACAUCAUUGCUGCAGUGCCUCCCCAGUACAGACGUGCCCUUGUGCCGAAACUGAAGGCCAAACCCAUCCGUACAGCCAGUGGGAUUGCUGUUGUUGCUGUGAUGUGCAAGCCUCAUCGCUGUCCACAUAUCAGUUUUACAGGCAACAUCUGUGUAUACUGUCCAGGUGGUCCUGAUUCUGAUUUUGAAUAUUCUACACAGUCGUACACAGGCUAUGAGCCCACAUCUAUGAGAGCCAUCCGAGCACGUUAUGAUCCCUAUUUACAGACCAGACACAGGGUGGAACAGCUGAAGCAGCUAGGUCACAGCGUGGACAAGGUGGAGUUUAUUGUGAUGGGCGGCACUUUCAUGGCUCUGGCAGAAGACUACAAAGAUUACUUCAUCCGCAACCUUCACGAUGCUCUGUCUGGACACACUUCAAACAACGUGGCUGAAGCUGUCAGGUACUCAGAGCGCAGUAAUACUAAAUGCGUGGGAAUCACUAUCGAGACACGGCCAGACUACUGUCUGAAGAGGCAUCUGAGCGACAUGCUGGCAUACGGCUGCACCAGGUUGGAGAUUGGCGUGCAAAGUGUAUAUGAGGACGUGGCUCGGGAUACAAACAGCCCCCUUUCAUGCUGUUCUUCCAUGGUAAGGACCCCCACAGGACCACUACAGAGCAGAGGACAUACAGUUCGAGCUGUGUGCGAGUCUUUCCAUCUUGCUAAAGAUGCAGGCUUUAAAGUGGUGGCUCACAUGAUGCCUGACCUGCCAAACGUGGGCAUAGAACGGGAUGUUGAGCAAUUUAUUGAGUUCUUUGAGAAUCCGGCGUUCCGACCUGACGGCCUGAAGCUCUACCCCACGUUAGUGAUUCGGGGAACCGGCCUUUACGAGCUGUGGAAGACCGGACGCUACAAGAGCUACUCGCCCAGCUCCCUGGUGGACCUUGUGGCCCGCAUAUUGGCACUGGUUCCACCAUGGACCCGAGUGUACCGUGUGCAGAGAGACAUCCCCAUGCCGCUCGUAAGCUCUGGAGUGGAACAUGGAAACCUGCGAGAGCUGGCACUGGCACGAAUGAAAGACAUGGGAACUGAGUGUCGAGAUGUUAGAACCAGAGAGGUGGGCAUCCAGGAGAUCCAUCAUAAAGUGCGACCGUACCAGGUAGAGCUGAUCCGGCGCGACUAUGUAGCUAAUGGCGGCUGGGAGACCUUUUUGUCAUACGAAGACCCUGAACAGGACAUUCUCAUCGGGCUGCUGAGGCUCCGUCGAUGCUCGCCGCAGUCCUUCCGGCCUGAGCUCAAGUCUGCCGUGUCCAUUGUGCGCGAGCUGCACGUUUACGGCAGUGUGGUGCCCGUCAGCAGUCGGGAUCCAAGCAAGUUCCAGCACCAGGGUUUCGGCAUGAUGUUGAUGGAGGAGGCGGAGAGAAUAGCCAGAGACGAACACGGCUCCGCCAAACUCGCUGUUAUCUCAGGUGUAGGAACGAGGAAUUACUACAGGAAGAUGGGGUAUGAGCUGGAGGGACCCUACAUGGUCAAACGCUUGGACUGAACGUGUCACAAGAAGAUGAAUAAACCAAGAUUUAUCAGA